AUGGAGAAAAGACCAUACAGAGAACUCGUCGGAGGAUUAAAUUAUCUUGCCAAUGCAUCCCGACCGGAAUAUCGCUUUUGCCGGCAUCAACCCUUAGUCGAUUUAACUCAAACCCAGGAAAAAGCGCAUUGGGACUUGGCAAAAAGAGUAAUCAGGUACCUGAAAGCCACCUCGAACUAUACAAUAAGUUACCGAAGAGACAACGAAAAACUCAUAGCGUAUUCGGACUCCGACUGGGGAGGCGAUGUGGAUGACCGCAGAUCGUGCACCGGUAACUUGUUGAUCUUAGCCGGUGGACCGGUUAGCUGGAAGUCGAAGAAGCAAAAGUCAGUAUCACUAUCAACAAUGGAAGCGGAAUACGCAGCGUUAGCGAAAGAACUAAAGAGGUAG